AUGAAUCAAAUGCUUGAAGAGCAGUAUGGAUUCCAGGCUCACCCAAAACAGCUUUAUAGAGCAAGAUGGAUUGCUAGAGAAGAAAAUGAAGGCACUCAUUCCAAGUCUUUUCUCAAAUUGUGUAAAUAUAGGGAUAUGAUGAUAGAAAAAAAUCCUGGGACUUCGUUUGGGAUUCAAUUUGAGAAUGAGAAUGUGUAUGGACAAAUGGAUGCUUAUGGAGAUGUGAUAGUGCAUCUACAGUUUAAGAGAGUGUUUGCAUGCUUUGAUGCAUGUAAGGGGGGAUUUUUAAGGGGAUGCAGGCCAUUCAUAGGCCUAGAUGGUUGCCAUCUGAAAGGCCCAUAUAGUGGAGUUUUAUUAUCUGCCAUUUCAAUUGAUGGGAACAAUGGCAUUUUCCCCCUUGCCUAUGUUGUUGUUGAGUCUGAGGGAAAAGAUAGCUGCUUAUUCUUCUUAUAUGAAUUACGACAAUGUAUUCGGACCGACUUAACCACAGCUAUAGCCGGAGGAUUCCUAUUCACCUUUAUGACAGACAAACAGAAGGGACUUAUUGAUGCAAUGGGUAUAAUUUUCCCAGAAGCCAACCAUAGGUAUUGUGCUCGUCACUUAGACAAAAAUUUCAAGUCCAAAUGGGGUGGUGGAACUGGAUUGAGGUCUUACUUUUGGGCUGCCAGCAAAGCUUACACCAAGUUACAGUUUGACAUGACAAUGAAUGGGAUGAAAACUGUGAACAAAGAGGCACAUGACUGGUUGAUGAAGAAUCCACCAUCAAUGUGGAGACUCACUCCGAAUGAAGAAGAAGUUGCACUACGAAGGAUGUUAGAUAUUGUAGAAUCACUGCAAAAUAAGUUUGAAGUGUUGGAUGGUAGUGGUGUGAGAUUUGUUGUGAACCUUACAGAUCGUACCUGUGAUUGUGGUGUAUGGGUAGCGACUGGGUUGCCUUGUAGGCAUGCAGGAGCAUGUAUACAUGAUAUUAGGGGAGAAUUAGAGGACUACUGUGAUUCAUUCUUCUAUUUAUCCACUUAUGUUCUCGCAAAUGAGAAAAUGAUUGAACCAUGUCCUGAUAUCAAUAGUUUAGAGGAUAUUCCAUUGCUUGCUCCAAAAAUGAAGAGGAAAUCUAGGAGACCAAAAAAAGAUAGGAGGAGGAAACUUGACGAGGAACCAAAAAAGUCAAGGAAGUCCAAAUCCAAUAUUUGUCCUACAUGCAAAGGGGUUGGCCAUAAUAUAAGGACAUGCAAAGGUGGUCCAGUUAAGGGCAACUCAUCUUCACAUGGGGUUGGUAUGAAGAGAAAGGAAAGGAGUGAAACAACUGAUGAUAUCAGCUCCUCCCAGAGGGUAACCAGAUCCUCACAGCAUUCAAGUGUUGGAGAUGAGUUUGGGGAGCUAGUUGAGGAGCAAAAGAUAAAAAUGAUGGCUUGCUUGUGUGCUUGA